CCAAUCGAGUUGUCCUCUUCACUCGGAAAUUUAGGGAUUUUGUCUUCGCUGAGCAAUCUGGGUUUCGGCUUCAAGCUUCUCAACUCAAGGGUCUAUACUACUGUUCAACUUUCAGACAUUUCAAUGGAAUCUGUGUUUGCAGAAUGAGAUAUUGAUUACAUUGAGUAAGUUUUUCUCAUCUCUGAGAUUUAGCUGAUUCUUUUGCCGAGAAUGGAGUGUAACAAGGAAGAGGCCACUAUGGCGAAGAAAAUGGCAGAGGAUUCGAUGCGGAAAGGUGAUUACCCCAAGGCUCAUAACCUUGUAAUGAAGGCUCAGAGUUUCUUCUCGGGUCUUGACGGUUUACCACAAAUGCUAGCAGUCUGUGAUGUUCAUUGCUCCGCCGAGAAGAAACUCAACGGUCUUGAGAACUGGUAUGGUAUUCUCCAAGCUAUGCAUUUUUGUGAUGAUGCUACGAUCAAGAAGCAGUACAGGAAGCUCGCCUUGCUUCUCCAUCCUGAUAAAAACCAGUUCCCCGGUGCAGAGGCUGCUUUCAAGUUGAUUGGGGAAGCUAACAGAUUGCUUUCCGACAAGGAGAGACGGACUCAGUAUGAUAUCAGGCACAGAAUCUAUUCAAGGGUUGCUAGCAGAGAGUUGAAUGCAGACUCAGGUCUACAAUGUGGAAGUAAAAAUAGAAACGUGGGGUCUACUGGUACUCAACAAGGAAGUGUAGCAACUGAGGUGGAUAAGAAAGGAGGUUCCAAAGAGAAUGGUGGAGGAGGUGAGAACCAAAAUGCUGAAGUGAGAAAACCCAAAUUAGAGGAAGAACCGAUGAAGAAUUGUGCUGAGGGAAAGAUGAACAAUUCAGCUGAGUUGAAGCCACAGCCUGAGGUUGCAGAACCAGAACAAAGUGCAUCAAAACAUGUACAUGAUGAGUCAGUUUCAAAGUCUAAUCAAGCACCCUCAGUGAGCAAGGACAAAAGGAAGAGGAGAAAGAUAGUUGAGGAACCGUUGGAGAGUACCAAUGUUACCUUCUCUGAUGUUUUUGAGGAUAAAUCAAAUCCAAAAGAUAAUAGUAAUAGGAGGAAGUCUCCACGGAAGAGUCAGCAAGCUUCUUGCGCAGAGAAGGGAAUAAGUGGUGAUACUCUAAGCGCUGCCACAAAAAGGUCAAGAGCAAAUGAAGCACGUGGAGAAGGGAUGGGUAUGGGGGAAAAUAUUGACAAUAACCACAAGAAUCCUACGCAAGAUUCACCUGAUCAAGACUUUAAUAAUUUUGAGCUGUCAACUAGCUGUUUUGCUGUCAACCAGGUGUGGUCUCUGUAUGAUCCAAUCGACGGUAUGCCUCGGUAUUAUGCUCGGAUUACAAAAGUGAUUGAUUCUGAUUCUGAGUUCAAGCUGUGUAUUACGUGGCUUGACCCCUUACAAGAUUAUAAUGACAACUCCAUCCCCAUUGCUUGUGGAAUCUUCCAAGAUAGUGAGUCACAGGAAGUAGACGACCAUUUUAUAUUUUCUUGUGAGAUGCUUCACAUGCGCCGUGACAACAACAUCGCCAUUUACCCAAGAGCAGGGGAAGUCUGGGCAGUUUUCAGAGGCUGGGAUGUGAGUUGGUUGAGUGGUGGUAGCUCGGAACAUCACAAAGGAGUUUACGAAUAUGACUUUGUUGAAGUUUUGUGUGAUUUUCAAGAUGAGAAUGGCCUUGGAGUGGCCUACCUAGGGAAAGUGGAAAGGUUUGUUUCUCUAUUUCGCCGAGAUGCAAAGUGUGGAGUUCUCCAGUUUCAGAUUCCACCAAACGAGAUGCUUAGAUUUUCCCACAAAGUCCCAUCGUUCAAAAUGACGGGAAGGGAGAGUGAAGGUGUUCCUCCCGGGUGCUUUGAGUUAGACAUUGCUGCUUUGCCAAAAGAUAUGUUCGAGGUUGCUAAUCAGGAAAUGAACUCAGUGAAGAAGGCUAAGAAGAGUGCCAAAGGAGUGGAUGGCUUGAAACUGAGAAAAUCUCCUCGUUUUGUGAGUGAAACAAGCAAACAAGCUGCGUCAAGGCUAGGCCAAGAAAAAGGUGUGAAGAAGAGUGGUAAGAGGGGUGCAUCCUGUGGACAGCGAAAUGGAUCUCGUUUAUCUGAUGAGACGACGCCUACACCAAAGAAACCUGCAAAAGUCACUGCGGCUGAUUCUUCAAGGAUCAGAAAAACACAUGGGGGUAUAAACAAGCCAACGGGAAACUCAAAGAAACGUAGGUGAAAUGGUGAGUCAUUGUCUCAGUCUAGAGGUAGGUUGAAUGGUAGUACAGAUUCCUUCUAGAGCGAUUGGGUUUGAAAAUAGUGAAUGACCCACAAAAAGCAGUUGUUGAUCUUAACUCAAAGAAGACAUAAAAGUCUCUUUCUUUUGUUAAUGCCAUGAGUCUCUCUUUUUGUU